ACCAUGUGAUAAACCUCUCUUUCUCUCCCAACCCUGUUGUUUCUCUCAAGGAAAUCAGUUUACAUCUGCAGUUUGAAUGUUGGAUAUGGAGAGAAUGGUCUGCUCAAGCUCUAAACCACACUUCUUUCGACCCAUCCUUCCUGAUUCUUCAUCAGCACAUGUUCCAAUAAUACCAAAAGCAUUUCAAACAGAUUACUUAGUUGAUACAGAAGAUAGUGAAGGGGUAGCAACUUUAAAGAGUACUCCACUGAAGAAAUCAUGGAAAGUGAAGCUGAAUGACUUCAAGUUUACAGAUGGUUGGGAGCAUUUUUUUAAGGCUCAUGAACUAAGUAUGGGUAAUAUUCUUGUGUUUGAAUAUGAAGGUCAUGAUUUGAUUUUUCAAGUUUGGGUUUUCGACUUGAGUUGCUGCGAAGUUGAGUAUUCAACAGAAUCAUUGAUGUCUGAGGGUAUAGUUAAAAAUGAAAUCCAUCAUUGUGAAACCGGUGCGAAGGGUAUGGAUAGAGCUGCAGGUAUAAGCAAAGGCAAAGGAAAAUGCAAAGUCGAAGAAGAUAGCGAAGAAUGUGAUGAUAAACUUGAGGAAACAAAGGAAGAUGCAACCAACAUUUCCAAGUGUCCACAUUUCAUAACAACAUUGAAGAGUUACAACAUUGGCAGAUCUUUCUUGACGAUUCCUAGGAUUUUUUCAAAAUCAAACAUUCCUGACGAUGUAGAAACUAUAAUUCUUAAGGAUAAAGAAGGAAAAGAAAUGCCAAUCAAACUAAUUCGUCGCAAAGAUUCGUAUGGAGUCAAUUUUGGAUUUGGCUGGUACGAUUUCCAGUUUGAAAAAGGGUUAAAAAAAGGAGACAUUUGUCUAUUUGAACAAGAGAAUGAAGACGAAAUGGAGUUCACAGUUAGUGUUAUUGGAAAGUGUUAAUUAAGAGAUGAAACUGUUAGCUAUUGAUUUGUGUGUUUUUCUGUUUUUAAUUAGUGUCCUAAUUGAGUCAUUA